AUGCGCAAGAAGUGUCUAUUUUCAGUACGUGAGGCGCGUAACUUAAUACCUAUGGAUCCAAAUGGUCUUUCCGAUCCUUACUGCAAGUUGAAAUUAAUACCUGAUGACCAUUCCUCAAAAUCUAAGAAGAAAAGUAAAACAAUCAGAUCUACCUUAAAUCCUGUAUGGAACGAAUGUUUUGAAUACAAACUGGAAGUAGCAGAUGCGGACAAAAGAUUAUCUGUGGAAGUUUGGGAUUGGGAUCGUACUUCUAGGAACGAUUUCAUGGGUUCUCUUUCAUUUGGUAUCAGCGAACUGAUGAAGGAAUCUGUUGAGGGUUGGUACAAAUUGCUCAGCGCAGAAGAAGGAGAAUUCUACAGCAUAAAAGUUAUGCCUGAAUCUGAAGCCGAAAUUGCAAAAAUCACAAAUGGAAUCGAUGAAAUAAACUUGUUUCAAGAAAAGCAAUUAUCAGUACGAUCUCAACCACAGUUGAAACAGCCACAACAAAAUGUUAUCAAAGCUACUGAUUUUAAUUUUUUAUCUGUGCUUGGAAAAGGAUCUUUUGGGAAGGUAUUACUUGGUGAGCAUAAAGAUAGCAAGGAAUUGUUCGCAGUGAAGAUACUGAAAAAAGAUGUGAUUGUUCAGGAUGAUGAUAUGGAAUGUACGAUAACCGAAAAGCGGGUGCUAUCGCUUUGUGAUAAGCCACCCUUUCUUGUUGCUCUUCAUUCCUGCUUUCAAACUUCGGAUCGUUUAUAUUUUGUAAUGGAAUUUGUAAGUGGCGGUGAUCUUAUGUAUCAAAUACAGCAAGUGGGAAAGUUCAAAGAGCCAGUAGCUGCAUUUUAUGCUGCUGAAAUAGCAAUUGGUUUAUUCUUUCUUCAUACCCAAGGCAUUAUUUAUCGUGAUCUCAAAUUGGAUAAUGUUAUGUUGGAUACAAAUGGGCAUAUUAAAAUCACAGAUUUUGGUAUGUGCAAAGAAAACAUCAUUGGUAAUGCAAAGACAAAAACGUUUUGUGGUACACCCGACUACAUUGCUCCGGAAAUAAUAUUAUAUCAACCAUACAAUAAGUCGGUUGAUUGGUGGGCAUAUGGAGUAUUGUUGUUUGAAAUGCUUGCUGGUCAACCACCUUUCGAUGGCGAAGACGAAGAUGAAUUAUUUGCAGCAAUAACGGAUCAUAGCGUAUCAUAUCCGAAGUCAAUGUCGAAAGAAGCUGUAUCUAUUUGUAAGGCAUUGCUACAGAAAAGUCCUCAAAAACGGUUGGGUUGUGGACAGACAGCUGUUAGAGAUAUUAAGGAACAUCCGUUCUUUCGACGAAUUGACUGGCAUAAGAUUGAAAAGCGACAGGUUCAGCCACCUUUCAAACCUAAAUUGAAGAGCCCUGAAUCGACGGAGAAUUUCGAUUCACAAUUUAGAAAGUUAUCUGUCAGAAUGAGUGCUUGUGAUAUUGAUAUUUUGCGUAACCUUGAAGGCUAUGAAUUUCCUGAUUUUGAUUAUGUUAAUCCAUAUUGGCCAACUUGGAAAGCUAAUGAUGAAUCGGUAUAG